AUGGCACCUCCAACAAAGCAAUUGAGUCACGAACAGUAUACUGUUGGCUGGGUAUGUGCAUUACCAAAGGAGAUGGUCGCAGCAAGAGCCAUGCUCGAUGAAGAGCAUCUCCCACUUCCGAAACCAACCAAUGAUUCAAACACCUACACAAUUGGCCGCGUUGGCGAUCAUAAUGUCGUAAUCGCCUGUCUCCCAAUGGGCGAGAUCGGUAAUAGCUCCUCGGCAAUCGUGGCCACUAGGAUGACAUCUACCUUCCCAUUCAUUAAAUUCGGGCUCAUGGUUGGCAUCGGAGGUGGCGUCCCUAAGGGGGUUCGACUAGGCGAUGUGGUAGUCAGUACGCCAGCAGAGGGAUUCGGAGGUGUGGUACAAUGGGACUUCGGCAAGACUGAACAAGGGCGCGCGUUUAAACGAACGGGAGCCUUGAAUAGUCCUCCGAGUGUUUUAAGGACGGCGCUCGCGCAGCUCAAAGCCAUGCAUGAGAUGGAAGGGCCGAGGAUCCCGCAUUUUUUGCAAGAUAUGACCAAGAAGUGGCCUAAGCUGAAGCAGAAGUAUGUACGGUCUAAUGAGCUAGAGGAUGUCUUAUUCAAACCGGAUUACAAUCAUGUUGAAUUUGAAGGAUCCGAUGAAGAUGACGAAGACGAGCAUGAAGAAGAAACAAGCUGCAUUCGCUGCGAUCGAACUAGAACCAUCCGAAGGAAGCCUCGCGAUAUGCGAGUCCACUACGGACUGAUUGCAUCCGGAAAUCAGGUUAUCAAAGAUGCCUCAUUCCGGGACGAAAUCAACAAACGGCUCGGUGGGAAGGUGUUGUGCUUCGAGAUGGAGGCCGCAGGGUUAAUGAAUGAUUUCCCAUGUAUUGUUGUCAGGGGCAUCUGUGAUUAUGCGGACUCGCAUAAGAAUAAAGCGUGGCAGGAGCACGCAGCUGCUGUGGCAGCAGCUAUGGCGAAAGAGCUUCUUUUGGUUGUGCCUGCGCAGGAGGUGUCUCAGUUGCCUGCUGUGGCAAGUAAGUUGUCCCGGUAG